UCAUUCAGGAUCAAACGAUGAAAGGAGGCAAAUCAAGCGGUGCUACGAGGAAAGCCGAUACCAAGUUGGCUGUAAAGAAGACUGCAGCCAAGGGGAAAGCAGCUAAGGAUCCCAAUAAACCCAAGAGACCCGCUAGCGCCUUCUUUGUGUUCAUGGAGGACUUUAGAAAGCAGUUCAAAGAAGAUCACCCUAACAACAAAUCUGUUGCUGCUGUUGGUAAAGCUGGUGGGGCAAAAUGGAGGUCAAUGUCCGACUCUGAAAAGGCACCUUUUCAAGCCAAAGCUGAAAAAAGAAAGAAGGAAUAUGAGAAGAACUUGGACACCUACAACAAAAAACUUGCUGGAGGUGGUAAUGAUGAUGAUGAUGAGGAUUCUGACAAAUCUAAGUCUGAAGUAAAUGAUGAAGCAGAUGAGGAUGAAAGUGAUGAUGAGAAAGAUGAUGACUGA